AUAAAAUUAGGCUGAAUCAGUUUUGGCUGCCAGACAUACGGGGACAACAAUACAAAAGCGCAGCAAGCACGAAAACUUUUGCAUUUUCAGAUUAUGUGAGCGGUUUUUUACAAGUAUUGUCCUGUGGUUAAAAUAAACAUUCAGCAGAAAAAAAAGAAACAUCACGAUGGAAACGCAAGACCUGGAACUUACCAUCGCUGCGGAGGAGAUAUGCCGCACCUGUCUGGCUGCGGCCGAUCGAACGCAGCUUAAACCGAUAUUUUGUAAUGAAAUUUUGGAUGGACGCAUAGUGCCGUUUCCGAGCGUACUGGAAUUGGUGAUCGGUGAAAAGAUCGUGAAGCAUGAAAAACUUCCCAACAAUGUAUGCGCGGAGUGUAAAGGCAAGCUGCGGGAUCUUUAUCUCUUCGUUGGCACGGCACAAAAAUCGAACAAACUUCUGUACGAAAUAUUUACCGUUCAACCCUCCCAUCCGGUGAACGCGAAAAAACCCGAAACCAAGCAUGCGGAGGCUCAAACAGAUGGGGUGGAAGAAUGCUUCAAGCCGGGCCCAGGUAGCAUCCCAUUCCCAGGGAGUGUAACUAGAAUCGACGUCGGGACACAGUACGUAAACCACACGGCCGAAAUGUAUUGCCAAACGGACGGGGGGCAAUAUGUACUGCUGGAAAACAUGGAUGUGAAAAAUGUGCCUAACGAAGUCGUUAAAGAGGAUGGGAACGAUUUAAUUACACCGAUAAUUAUAGAUGAUGAAGAGGAUAAGUCAUCUGAAGAAAACGAGCUUUUUCGCGAAAGUCCUAUCGAAUGUACGUUGAUGAACUUCGGCAGUGUUGCUGACGAUGCAGACGAAGAUGGUGAUGACGAUGAUGAAGAGGAUGAUGAUGAUGACGGAGACAACAAGUACGAAAUGGUUCUCCUGGCAAACGAAACAAAUGCGGACGAUUGUUUCACACUUCGACCGAUAAAGACGGAUCGAAAGCAGCCAAGCGAACGAUCGAAGGAGCCUGUGGCCAGCAACACAUCGAAAACAUCCAUGCAAAGAAACCUAAGCCUGCCUAGGCCUGCAAUCGAUGGGGAACAAACGCAACCAUCACAUCGACUAAGGGGCAAAAGGGCUUACUGCAGCUACUGCAACUGGUAUGGCCGACCGGCAGGGCUGGAGCAACAUUUUCAAGUGCACAAAGAAACGUUCGAGCUUUGCCUGGAGUCGAACGAGUACUACCGCUGCUCCGAUUGCUACACGGUAUUUAUCUCCCAGAUACACUUCAUCGAACACUUCGCCACCAGCUGCAAUCCCAUACCGGGCGAGCAGUACGUGCACAGCGCGGACCUCAACAAGCACGAAUCGUUUUACCUUAACGGGCUCGAUAUAUGUGUUCCGAGGCUUAAGACGUUCAAAAAGGUCGGCAACAAAUAUCAGUGCGGCCGGUGCGUGAAGCACGUUGCCAACAGCUUCGAUGCAAUGCGCCCGCACUUGCUGGCGCACGAAGCGGAGGAAGACAGAACCGACGACGUCGAGCUGCUGUGGAAGAGCAACCAUCUCCACCGGAUACAUGUCUGCGGUAUAUGCAAGGUUCAGUUUCCGGACGCAACCUACAUCCGGCAGCAUCUCUACUUUCACCAGGACUCGUUCAUCUGCAUUUACGGCUGCGGUACGAUCUUCGCUAGCUUCCUGCAAAUGACACGGCACAUCGAAAGUAAACAUUUGAAAGCAGGCCACGAAAGCGUGGCGGAAGUCUGCACAGCUGGGGAUAAAGCACCGGAUGAAUGCUACCAGUGUGCACAGUGCGGCAAAACGCUCGCCAGUGCAGAGUCACUCAAAGCGCACAUGAAGAACCACUCGCGCAGAUACGUGUGCACGGAGUGUAAUAAGUGUUUCGGACAGAAAAGCGACCUUACCAACCAUUGCCGCAUCCACACGGACGAUCGUCCGUACGCGUGCAAGCUGUGCGACAAGCGGUUCCGCACAAACAGCCACGUUCGGGACCACAUGUUUACGCACGAAAAUGUUAACAAAUACGAGUGCGACGUGUGCCACAAGAUGUUCAAGGCAAAGCGCAUCCUGGCGGCCCACGCACGAUUGCACGCCGGCGAGAAACCGUACCACUGCAAGCUGUGUAACAAAUGUUUCUCGCGCAAGCAACACCUCAUAUCGCAUCAGAAAACGCACUUCAAGCCUAGCAGCUCCGGAACGGCCACUGGAAGCGGGAAACAAAUUAAACGUGCCUCGUGAACGAUUGGCGAGGAGAGGAGCUACAAUAAGAGUAUGGUUUAUAUGCUUUGGGGGGGGGGCUGUUCUUCUAGCGCCCGUGAAUUCCGACGAUGAGAUCCCAUCGAUGAUAAGAUAUUAAGGCAGAUGAGGCUUACGGGACGCUUGGAUUAAGGGGGUAUUUUUCGAGGUAGAUGAGCCUUGGGCAACUGAGAUAAGGCAUCAUGGACGCGCGAGAUCUUCUGGAUGACGAGAACCUUGGCGAUCGCUCACUCCUCAUCCACACUACUUGUAUAGCUUGUAGCUGGCUAAUUUUGCAAAUAAAAAGCGUUGGUCAAAGAGUUUUUUUUAAUAAAACAGCCUUCAUUUCCCCCA